CAUUCUCUCAUUCACUGGCCGGGGUCUGCGAAGGUUGACUAGCAUCCAACUCAAAACUUCCAAUUUUAAAGUUAAAAUAAAAGUAAAGUAUUUAUAAAAGUGAAAUUAAAAGUAAAGAAUUUAUAAAAGUGAAAAUAAAAGUAAAGUAUUUAUAAAAUGAAUUUGCCCCCUAACACUGGAACGGCUCGUGGACGAGGUCGCGGGACAAAGCGCAACGAAGAUGCUAACCGCGGCUUGGCUCCCCAACUAGGCCAAUCUCCUCAUUCUUCUCAAUCGGGUAGAAAUGAAGCAUCUGGAGGCCAGGGAUCAACCAGUGAUGCUCCAGCCAGUAACUUGCAGAGGUCGGAACGUAGCUUGGAGACCAAGUCUAGCGAGGCUGGAAUUCAAAGCUCUGAAAGCGAUCCUAGGGGAUCCGUUCGUGGUCGUCGCCUAAUUACGGAUGUGGUGCACUCCCGACCUCAGGGGCUAGCAACCAAAAAUGGAGUGUCUGGUACGAAAAUUACUGUUCAGACUAACUAUUUCAAGCUUUUGAAGCGCCCAAACUGGAGCAUCUACCAGUACCGCGUGGACUUUGUGCCGGAUGUCGACAAUACGCGUUUGCGCAGGGGACUCGUUUCCGAACAUCGAAGCAUUUUGGGUGGCUACAUAUUUGACGGCACUGUUUUGUUUUGUACAAAUCAAUUUAAGCCUGUGCAAAAUAGCCCGUAUGUUCUGGAACUGCUGACCAAAAGUCGUGCUGGUGAAAAUUUUGAAAUCAAAAUCAAGGCUGUUGGCUCCGUUGAGGCAGCCGAUAAUCAGCAGUUCCAAGUUCUCAAUCUCAUUCUGCGCAGAGCCAUGGAGGGCUUAGACUUGCAGCUGGUAUCGCGCAAUUUUUUCGAUCCUAAAGCAAAGAUUAACUUGGAGAACUACCGCAUGGAACUCUGGCCUGGAUAUCAGACUUCGAUUCGUCAGCACGAAAGUGAUAUACUACUUUGUGCUGAAAUAGCCCAUAAGGUGAUGAGGACUGAUACCUUGUAUAACAUUUUAUCCGAGGCUAUUCGUGACAAUGACGAUUAUCAAACGGCUUUCAAACGUGAAGUAAUGGGUAUGGUGGUAUUAACGGACUACAACAACAAGACUUACCGCGUUGAUGAUGUUGACUUUGAUUCCUCGCCUUUAUCUAAAUUCAAUACCAAGGAGGGAGAUAUUUCGUAUGUGGAGUACUAUAAAAAGCGAUACAACAUCACAAUCCGAGAUUUUAAGCAACCUCUGGUUGUGUCCCGUCCCACCGAGAAAAAUAUUCGUGGCGGCGUGGAUCGGCUUAUAAUGCUUGUACCCGAGCUGGCUCGGGCCACAGGAAUGACCGACGCAAUGCGCGCCAAUUUUCGGUUGAUGAAGGCCAUGAGCGAACAUACUCGAUUGACUCCCGAUCGCCGCAUUGAGCGCUUAGGGGUGUUCAACCAGCGUUUGAAGUCGGCGAAGGAAAGCGUCGAAACUCUGAAGUCCUGGCACAUAGAAAUCGACUCUGCUUUGGUUGAGAUCCCUGCUCGCGUUCUGCCACCGGAGAAAAUCGUGUUCGGCCUAAAUAAAAGAUAUCUCUGCGAUAGUCGCGCCGAUUGGACGAAUGAGUUCCGCAACUCCUCUAUGUUCAGUCACGUGGACAUAAAGAGGUGGUUCGUGAUAACUCCGAACAGAAAUUUGCGCGAGACCCAGGAGUUUGUGAAGAUGUGCAUCCGUGUUGCCAACGGCAUGAAGAUGCAUAUUUCCGAGCCUCGCUACGAUGAAAUAAAGGACGACCGUAAUGGCACUUACUCUCAGUCAAUCGACAAUGUCGUGGCCAAGGAUCCACAGAUUGUAAUGUUAGUGAUGAAGUCUUCGAAUGAAGAGAAGUAUAGCUGCAUCAAAAAACGCACGUGCGUGGACAGACCGGUGCCAUCGCAAGUGGUGACUUUGAAAGUGAUUGCCCCUCGCGCGGAAAAAUCUGCUGGCCUUAUGUCCAUUGCCACCAAGGUGGUUAUCCAGAUGAACGCCAAACUAAUGGGUGCUCCCUGGACCAUCGAGCUCCCAGUCCGCGGUUUGAUGACGGUCGGAUUCGAUGUCUGCCACUCGGCGAAGAACAAAAACAAGUCCUUCGGUGCCCUGGUGGCUACCAUGGACAUGAAGACGUCGUGCCGCUUCUACUCAUCGGUGAACGAGCACAUGAAGGGCCAGGAGUUGUCCGACCAGAUGUCGCUGAACAUGACGUGUGCCCUGAAGGCCUACCGGGAGCACCACGGUACCUUGCCAGAGCGCAUUCUUUUCUUCCGCGACGGCGUCGGUGAUGGCCAGCUCUACCAAGUCGUGAACACCGAGGUUAAGUUCCUGAGGGCCAAGCUCGACGAAAUCUACAAAUCGGCUGGUAAAGUGGAGGGCUGCCGCAUGUCCUUUAUUGUCGUGUCCAAGCGCAUCAACUCGCGAUACUUCGUGAACAAGCGCAAUCCACUUCCGGGCACUGUGGUGGAUGACGUAAUAACCUUGCCAGAGCGCUAUGAUUUCUUCCUGGUGUCGCAGUCAGUUCGCCAAGGAACAGUGUCGCCUACCAGCUACAACGUUAUAUCCGACAACAUGGGGCUGAGCGCCGAUAAGCUGCAGAUUCUCGCCUACAAGAUGACCCACAUGUACUACAAUUACUCCGGAACUGUGCGGGUCCCCGCCGUAUGCCAGUACGCACACAAAUUGGCUUUCCUCGUGGCCGAAAGCAUUAACCGAUGCCCAUCCGCUGGGUUGGAGAAUCAACUGUACUUUUUGUAGAUAUACGACACUUGCAUCAAUAUUCAAUUUUACUACAACAUUUAUUUGACAUUUAAACAAGACACACUUUGUAUCAAAAUGAAUAGAUUUUUGAGUAAAUAAAGUUGACCUAAAUUGGCUUUUGGUGCCUUCAAAACAUAACAGAAAAAAGUUUUUUAA